AUGCGAAACGUAAUAUUUGGAGUUUUAUUGUGUGCCUUAUAUGUCAAUGGAAACAAUGUAAUAGAUGCUCUUCGCCAACCUCAUGCGAUAUCAUUAAUUCAAGAAUUAAGUGGUCCAGCUACUGGACCGUCAGGUUCUACAUGCAAUGACAAAGGAGUAUGUGAAAAUCAGCUUGAUGGCGCCAUGUUUCCUGAUUCUGGAUCAAAUGGUUACAUAGUGUGUCAGUGCGAAUGUGGAAUGGCAAUGCCUUGCCCUUCUGGCUUAGUUUUUAAUCCUGUGAUAAAUGUUUGCGAUUGGCCUCUAGAUAGCACAGAUGCGCCGGGAACUUCUAGCUCACCAACAGAUAUAACCACAAAAGGUACAACAUCAACAUCAUCAUUAAGUUCGUCGUCUUCAACACCAUCGUCAACAACCUCUGAUAUAACCACUGAGGGUACAACAUCAACGCCAUCAAGUUCAUCGUCUUCAACCCCAUCGGCCACAACUUCUGAUAUAACCACUGAGGGUACAACAUCAACGCCAUUAAGUUCGUCGUCUUCAAUCCCAUCGUCAGCAACCUCUGAUAUAACCACUGAGUGUACAACAUCAACGCCAUCAAGUUCGUCGCCUUUAACCCCAUCGUCAACAACUUCUGAUAUAACCACUGAAGGUACAACAUCAACGCCAUCAAGUUCGUCGUCUUCAACUCCAUCGUCAACUAAUUCUGAUAUAACCACUGAAUCCACAUCUACCACAUUAAGUGGCCCAGCGACUGGGCCAUCUGGUACUACAUGCAACAAUAAAGGAGUAUGUGAAAAUCAGCUUGAUGGCGCCAUGUUUCCUGAUUCUGGAUCAAAUGGUUACAUAGUGUGUCAGUGCGAAUGUGGAAUAGCAAUGCCUUGCCCUGCUGGCUUAGUUUUUAAUCCUGUGAUAAAUGUUUGCGAUUGGCCAAAUUCUACCUAAU